GACAUCAGAAAUACUAAUACAAUCUCACCAUGCUAUCGGCCUUGAGCAUGCAGGUCACCUAUUUUUUGAGCGGGAAUGGAGUUUCAAGGGUGUUUUUUCGUAAAGUAAAAAUCAGAAAUAUCCUGACUUUGACUCAAUAAAACUUGUCUGUUUUGCAAUUUUGUUUGUGAACCUUCUCAAAAAAUUUGUUUUAUAACUCAAAUUUUUAUACAACUUUUCUGGUAACAAAUUGUGUAUAAAAUUACUUAAAGUAUUUCAAUGGGUUGUCAAGUGUUAAGUGAAGCCUGGCAGUAUCCUGCUUUUUACCCUUUUGUCCUGGCUUCAACUACAGAUCUUGCAAGUUUGUAAACGGCAGAAUAACGAAGCAUUGCAUCAUAGCUGAUGUCAGUUCGUGACAAAAAUUUUGAUCUCAAAAACCACUCUCAGUAUCAGUUAAACUGUUUAUGCAUAACCCUUACAUGUGCAUUAUGGCCUGUUGCAUUUGGUUACAAGAACUCUGGAGAAUGGUGAACCUAAUUAUUGUCACAAGCCGAUAUUUUAAUGUGAAAACUUGACCUUUUACACUCACUGCAAAUCUUAAUUCGACUCAUGAAAGUUGAUUAUUCAGAUUGCCGUCUACACUUGCAAUGUCACGGUAUAUUUGUCCAGCGCCAAAUAUACGAAAUUGGUGUAUUACACAUAAUGUUGUGCGUUAAAUUAAAAGCAAAAUACAUGUACUUCCCAUGAAUAGUAUGUUACAUCAUAUUGUUUACACUUGGGAGUUAGGUAAUAAUCGUCUAACUUAUCAACUGGUCACGAAAUUUUAGUCCCUGUAACAUAGCUUUCAAAGUGCUAUGCUCUUCUUGUGUAUUCAGUGGAAAUUCGAACAGAAAAAGAUUAUGCUGUCCUUCGCAACGAUGAAAAAUCUUCCGAAGUGUGCUUUCAUUUUACUAAUCUGAUUAGAUAUCACUGAUCACUUCCAAAUCUUAUGGACGAGCGGGAUUACAAUUGUGCGGCCUAUGGGCUUGAAAUUAAGUAGGAAUAAAACUUGAUAACAAAGCUAAAAGUAGAUGAAAGCGGUUGCAUGAACAUCUUGUUUUGGAAGGACUGAUUUAUAAGCAUGUACUUGAUAUAUUAUUACCUGGCUACUAGUCAACAAAAAUAGUGCAAUGCAAUCCAACCUUCAUUUCAGCCACAUUUUCUGAUGAAAGUGAACCAAGUUUCCAUUAUAAUUAAACGACUUAAUACUAGUGUCAUUCAAUUUUCAGACCUCAUCUCUAUGAAAAUUUGUGCGGAAAAAUUGUUUUUAACAUCAGGAGCGUACCGUCAUCAUGAUGGAAAAUGGAAAUCAACGGCAGAGUUUAACCCAAGUGGUCACUUAGUUUUUUCAGAUUGGCAUUGUUCAUUAUUUUCACGUGAUUUUCCAGCGUCUUAUUCUUUGUUUGGUUUAUUAAAAGAAAAAGACUUAAACCUUACAUCAGUACUAUCCAUAGGAUCAAAUGAUUCGUGGAUCUUUAUUGCAACACCUGGAUCUAUCACUGCCGUUGAAAAAAAUCAUGGAAAUAGCGUCUCUGUCGAUAUCUCUGUUGUUCAAGUUGCUUCGGACGGUCAUAAUGUAUAUUGUUUAAAAGAUACGGGAGAUGUUUAUACAUGGGGUUGGAACGAACAUGGCCAACUGGGUCAUAAGUCACUCGGAGUGAGCAAUAAAUCAGAAUCCAUCACCGAGAUAGAACGAAGAAGUUGUGUGUCUGUUUUAGCUCUUCCAGCUCCUAUAGAUUUCCCAGAUGAUCUACCCAUUUCACAGAUCGCUUGUGGUGGUUGUCACACAGUCUGUCUUACCGAAGAUGGCAUUCUUUUUUGUUUCGGUUGCAACAAAUUUGGUCAGUUAGGAUUUGGUCCAUCUGUGGAAGCUGUGGAUUCUCCAGUGAAACACCCAUUCUCAACAGCUCAACAUUUAGAUUCCAAUAUGACUAUAUCGUCUGUUUAUUGUGGCCUAUGGUGUACAACUCUCUGUUUGAGUUCGAAAACGUAAAGCUUAUACGAAAUACCCAUAAGAUUCCGUAUGGAAAUGGUUUGCAUGAACAGAUAUUCUGUAUUUGAUUAGCCUUGAAAGCAACGCGUUCGAAAUUUACACUAGAGAUCAGUUGUACCAUUCAUUGAUGAAAUUUGAGUAUUUUGUAAACAAUAUAUCUUUCUAAACA